CGGGAGUUGUAGUCCCUGAGGGGCGGACGCCGGGUGCCGGCCGGCGAGCGGGGGCGGGCGGUGCGGCGCCGAGCGUUUCCCGGCUCGGGUGCCGGUGCAGCUCCACGCUCGGCCUCCUGGAACGCCCCGCCCUUCUCGCGGCCGGAGCGGGCAGGUCUGCCCCUACAAAGUAUUACCGUCUUCACCGUCAUUGGUCCGACGCCCGAGCGCCCCCCCAGGUGACCCCCUGUUGCCCCCGCCAGCGCCUGACAGCCUCCGCCCGCCAGGCGGAGGGAAACGCCCGCCGCCGCCAUGGGGAAUGGCAUGAACAAGAUCCUGCCUGGCCUGUACAUCGGCAACUUCAAAGAUGCCAGAGACGCAGAGCAACUAAGUAAGAAUAAGGUGACACAUAUCCUGUCAGUCCAUGACAGUGCCCGGCCAUUGUUGGAGGGAGUUAAAUAUCUUUGCAUUCCGGCAGCAGAUUCACCAUCUCAAAACCUGACGAGGCAUUUCAAAGAAAGCAUUAAAUUCAUUCACGAGUGCCGCCUCCAAGGGGAGGGCUGUCUUGUCCACUGCCUGGCCGGGGUCUCCAGAAGUGUGACGCUGGUGACCGCCUACAUCAUGACCGUCACCGACUUCGGCUGGGAAGAUGCCCUGCACACUGUUCGCGCAGGACGGUCCUGUGCCAACCCUAAUGUGGGCUUCCAGAGGCAACUGCAGGAGUUUGAGAAGCACGAGGUCCACCAGUAUCGGCAAUGGUUGAAGGAAGAAUAUGGAGAGAGUCCCCUGCGGGAUGCAGAAGAAGCCAAAAGCAUCCUGGGUAAAUAUAAAGAGCAAGGGCAUGUGGAGCCCCCGCCAGGCACCAGGCGGUGGGGUGGGUUUUCCACCCUGCCUCCCUUGGCCUACAGGAACUAUACAACGGAGACCUAACGGGAAGGGGCUGGCUCCUUACUCUCUCGCCUGCUUGUACUUGGUGCAUUCCUUCGUGUGCACAGUGGUGGCUGGAUGCCUCUGCGGCCCCUGGGAUGGGGAGACUCUGGGGCUUCGGAGAUCCUAGGCAGUGUGGGCAGGGCCCCGGGCCUUGGUGGGGGAGCUCUCCAGGCUCCCCUCCCUGGCGGCACCCAGCCCUGCCCCGCCUUAGCUUGCCACUGCCCAAGGAGCUGCACGCAGCCCCACCCUGCCCUGCCUGCCUGUGUGGGAUGUGACUUAUCAGUGCUGCCGGGACAUUCAGGAGAUCCCAGCCACCAGGAAGAGCUUCGCCAUCCUCCCCCAUCCACAGCUCCACAUGGAAGGCAUUCAAGCCCUACAUCUGAGCACACUGCUCAAAAAGGAGCCGCCUGUACAUGUGAGCAGACAUCCAGGAGAACUCAGGGGCCUGAGUGCUGAGAGCAUGGCGGUCUCAGAGCCCAGGCAGUCUGCGGGCAGGGCCAGGACUGGAGGGCAAGGCAGGGCUCCAGAGCACGGUUCCGGGGCCUUGGAGAGAGGGGUGUGUUCUGAACGCUGCCUCAGAUUCUGUGUCAAUGCAGCCAGGCCCUGUUUUCAGCCUGUCAGGCCCCUUCAUUUUCCCCUGUGGGCCUGCGUGUCAGCUCCGUGGUGAGGGAUACCGCUUCAGCCAAAGUUGGUCUGCGCCCGAGAGCCUCUCAUUUCUCCUGCUGCCCAGGGUCACUUCCUCUAGCCUCUUGCUGUUCCCACUUUGCAGUAGGCACUUUUCAAGGUUUGCAUGCACCUCAGGAAUUGGGAAAAAAGAGCACUUGUUAGGCACUGUAGCAGUUUGUGUUCAUAAAUGCUUAUUAAGCACCUUUGUGUAUGCUGUGGAUUUGGUAUUUGAUCUCAGCUACCUCAUUAAAAUCUUUGCAAAGGUGUUUUUUUGUUAUUCCAUUGAACUCUGCCUUAUAGUUGAAAAUGUUCAGUCACAAUGGCCUUUGAAGCACGAUAGAAAAGCCUCAAUGCCACUGAGCUAUUUAAAGUUUCUGAUCUGGGCUCCACUAAGGUUGCUAUCUGGUGGGUGAGUGCCCACAUUUGGGCAAGGCCAGCAAGACAUGCAGGCAGGUUGGAGGGUGUCUGUGGCCCGGGCAGGGGCACCUGUGCUACUGGGCCCACCACUGUGCCCUGAGCCUCCAGACCAACACAAGUGUGGAAGCACGCAGAGCCUCACGAAUGAAAAAAUACACUCGACCUCUUCCUCAAAAGAUGUUGCAACCCAGUUUCUCCGUGUUCCACCACAAAAAGAGCCCCUGAAUAAGAAGAGCAGUUUCCCGUGCACUAUAGAGGGUGUGCCAAGGGUGAGCUCUUGGGCCGGGGAGAAUGAGGUUGCCUGCCCCUAGGCAGACGUGCAGGCCCCAGAUCUACCCGGUGAAAGGGCAGCGUGGCCUGUGGGGCUGUACAGCUAUGACGCGUUUCAUUGCCUACGAAGUGCCUUACACCAAAAAGAAAUGUAAAUAUGUUAUAGGAAGAGCGUUUAGAAUAUUCACUUGAAUGUUUUAAGUUAUGCAUGUACAUUUUUGAACAUCUCAAUGUAUUCCUGUAGGUCUUAAAUGUUGUUUUGAUAUUUGUUGCCAGUGAUAUCCUUUCUCCACAGCCACCCCUGGAAUUCUGAAAUAUUUGGCCUUUCUCAGAAGACUGUAAUGUACCUGAAGUUUCUGAAAUAUUGGAAAGCCACAGUGUUUAGGCUGGUGCUGCCAAAAUGAAAAGCAACCUAGAAUUUAUUUUUAAGUGUCCAACAGUUAUUUGUAAACUUGUUUUUUGUUAAGUUGUAUACAUGUAGAAUCAUGAUGCUCCACAUUGAGAACUAAGGAUACUCUUCUAACAAGGAAAAGUAUUUUUACCUGACCUCCACCGCCUUGACUGAUUCCUUUACCUUACUUUGAUAACUGUAACACCAUCUCAGGAGCACUGUUACACUGUUUAGUAUUAGGGAUUGCUUCUCGUGCACAGCUAACCAAGGAGAAACGUAAUGUCUGGGACUGCACUGGGUAAACUCUGCUCACAUGUUCUUAGGUUUCCCAGCUUGGGAAAUAUCUCUUAGUGUGUGUGUGUCCUCCAUGGUGGAAUUUACCAAAAACUACACACGUUUGUUAAUAAAGGGCAACUUACUCAAAUUUA